UUGCAAUUUCCAUAUUAUUUUUAGCCCAGAUAAUGAUUGUCCUGGAACUAAUUCUUUUAAUUGCAGAGCUUCUAAGCCUUGUCAGUGGUCAGGAAAGCUGUGAAGAUGGCUCAUGUCAUCCAACAAUUGGGGACCUUCUCGUAGGACGUAGUAAGCAGUUGUCAGCAUCUUCAACAUGUGGCCAGGAAGAGCCCCAGAGAUAUUGCAUUAUCAGCUACUUAGAGAAUGAACAGAAAUGUUUCAUCUGUGAUUCUAGGAAUCCAUAUAAUCAGUAUUAUCAUACCAAUAGUCACCAGAUUGAGAAUGUCAUUUCAACAUUUGAUCCAGAUUGGAAAAAGAAAUGGUGGCAGUCAGAAAAUGGAGUUGACCAAGUUAGUAUUAGACUGGACCUAGAAACAUUAUUUCAGUUCAGCCAUCUAGUGAUGACCUUCAAGACGUUUCGUCCUGCUGCAAUGCUGGUUGAAAGAUCACGAGAUUUCGGGAAGACGUGGAAGGUGUUUAAAUAUUUUGCCCAAAAUUGUGAUGAAGCAUUUCCGGGUAUUCCCCAUGGUCAUGCUGAUGAAGUAGGAGAUGUGGUCUGUGAUUCAAGAUAUUCUGCCAUGGAGCCAUCUUCGGAAGGAGAGGUGGUUUUGAAAGCUCUAGAUCCCAGUUUUGAUAUUGAUGAUCCAUAUGAUCCCUACAUACAAGAUAUAAUUACCGUAACAAACUUAAGAGUUAACUUUACAAAGCUUCACACCUUUGGGGAUACAUUAAGCAAUGGAUGGAAUGGUGAACCCCAGGAAAAAUAUUAUUAUGCUGUUUAUGAAAUGAUUGUAAGAGGAAACUGCUUUUGCAAUGGCCACUCCAGUCAGUGCGUCCCUGUAGAUGCCAUGAGAGGAGAUGUUUUCAAUGAGCCCGGAAUGGUCCAUGGCAAAUGUGUCUGUCAACACAAUACAGAUGGCCUAAACUGUGAGAAAUGCAAGGAAUUUUAUAAUGAUGCACCAUGGAGCCCAGCAGUUGGCUUCGAGGAUAAUGCCUGUAAAAAAUGCCAUUGUAAUGGACACUCUGAUAGGUGUCAUUUUGACAUGCAGGUAUACCAGGCAAACAAUGGUACCAGCGGUGGUGUAUGUGAGGACUGCCAGCAUAAUACCCAAGGAAAUCAGUGUGAACUGUGUAAACUAUACUUUUAUCACGACCCCCUUAAGGACAUCUCUGAUCCUGAUACUUGUAUUCCUUGUGAUUGUGACCAAAAUGGUACUCACGCAUAUGGAUUAUGUGAAGGGAAAACAGACCGCAAACGGAGAAUCAUUGCUGGGACAUGCUAUUGUAAAGAAAAUGUUGAAGGAAUCCGCUGCGAUAGGUGUAAACCGGGCUAUUAUGGGAUGAACGCCAAUGACCCUGUGGGAUGUAAAUACUGUGGUUGCAACUCUUUUGGAACCUUGCCCUCCUCAUUCUGUGAUGCUGUUACUGGGCAAUGCCAAUGUCAGAGCUUUGCUACAGGCCAGUACUGUGAAGAAUGUAUGCCUGGCUAUUGGGGACUUGGAAACAGUCUGUACCCUUGUUCAGCAUGCAACUGUGAUAUCGGAGGUGCACAUACAAGUGUAUGUUCUCAAAGUACCGGUCAAUGUGACUGUCUUCCUAACAUUGUAGGGCUUCAGUGUAAUGAACCUGCAAAUGGCUAUUAUAUUGUACCCCUAGAUUACUACAUCUAUGAGGCAGAGAAAGCCCAAGCACUCUCUGGAUCUGCAACUAUAGUUAAUCCAACUCCCAUGCCAAAAUGCAAGGAUUACUUCCUCAAACAAGGAAUAGAUUUCCGCUAUGAGAAUGGCAGGAUAAUACUGAAAAGUAUGAGGAAAAGAAGCCUACGAGGCAGACGACAGGCCCAGGAAAUUGUCCCAUAUGGCACAGAGGGUGUCGUGGAACUGGUCUUACGGCAGCCAACUCCUGGAAAACCUAUCACAUGGACAGGCCCUGGAUUUGCACGUGUUCUAAAUGGAGCUGGUCUAAGGUUUACUGUAGACAACAUUCCCUACUCUAUGGACUUCCUCAUUGCUAUUCGAUACGAGCCAGAGUCUUUGGAAGACUGGACUGCAAGAAUUACAGUUAACCAACCACAUGGUGUAGCGAGCGAAUACUGCAAGGACAGAACACCCCAGCCUGAGGGAUAUGUAUUGAGUCUUCCUGCUAAUUCCAGGUUAUCUCUGCUGAACUCAUCUGUUUGCCUGGACCCUGAUGCAGAAUACCAGAUAGAUGUCUAUUUCUCUCAAACUUCACCCACAAACACUAAUAGCAAAUUCUAUAUUCUAGUUGAUUCACUCGGACUGAUUCCCCAGAUUGCUUCUGUAAGCAAUCUAUGUACUGAAGCAGAAUUAGAAGAGUAUGAUUAUUAUAACUGCAUUGAGAUUGCUUCAGAUCUUGGAACACAAAUUCUACCAGAUGUGUGCGAGAGGCUUAUUUUUAGUAUGUCUGCCCGUAUGCACAAUGGAGCUCUGAAAUGCACUUGUAAUCCAGAUGGGUCUUUAAGUACUAUCUGCAGUAAGAUUGGUGGAAAAUGUCAAUGUAAACUUAAUGUUGUUGGAAGCUGUUGUGACCUGUGUGCUGUGGGCAGUUAUGGAUUUGGCCCAAGCGGUUGCUUAGAAUGUGACUGCGAUAGCAAAGGGUCAAUCAGCACAUUAUGUGAUCAGGUGACCGGUCAGUGUGCUUGCCGCAGAGACAUACAAGGACGGCGCUGUGACAACUGUUUGAUUGGAUAUUAUGGAUUUCCAAACUGCCGACCAUGUCAAUGCAACGGAAAUUCCGAGACAUGUGACUCAGUUACUGGUGCUUGUAGGGAUUGCAAGGGGAAUACAGAUGGGACCAACUGUGAACGGUGUCUGGAUAAUUAUUAUGGUAAUCCAAUAAUGGGGCAACCAUGUCGCCCAUGCAUGUGUCCUGGUUCGCCUACAAGCAAGCAAUAUUUUGCAACUUCCUGUCAACAAAACAAUGAGACAAUGGAGGUGACUUGUAAUUGUCUUGAAGGUUAUACAGGAAAGAACUGUGAUGAAUGUCCGGAUGGCUUUUAUGGAAAUAUAGAAGAGGGGGAAAAGUGUUUACCAUGUCAGUGUAAUAACAACAUUGAUGUGAAAGAUCCUGACUCAUGUGAUAGGGUUACGGGAGAAUGUCUGAAGUGUACGAAUAACACAUAUGGUCCUAACUGUGAAUCGUGCGUACCUGGUUACUUUGGAUCAGGAAUUCAUCAAAACUGUACAAGCUGCAUCUGCAAUCAGACAGGAACACAUACUCAGAACUGUUCAAUUUAUGAGGAAGCGGGAGAAUGUGGCUGUGACAGAAUUACAGGGCAGUGCCCAUGUUUACCUAAUGUGGUUGGCAUUAGCUGUGAUACAUGUGCUAUUGGAUACUGGGGCUUUGCCAGUGGAAAGGGAUGCCAACCCUGUGACUGUCACCUAAAUAAUUCCAAUGGAAACCAAUGCAAUCAGCUUACAGGUCAGUGUCAAUGUAAACCAAAGUACAGAGGAAAGAAUUGUGACCAAUGUGAAGAAAAUCACUAUGGAAAUCCAGCAGUUCAAUGUACACGUUGUAGGUGUAACGUGGAAGGUACUCUGAUGCCCAUCUGUGAUAAAGACACUGGUGCAUGUAACUGUAAACCUGGGGUUACUGGAACCAACUGUGACCAAUGUGCACCUAAAUUCCAGCAACAAUUCCCUGCGUGUCCACGAUGUCACAUGUGCUUUGAUCAAUAUGAACCGGAAGUAGCAAAUCUAUCAACCUCUGUCCACGCUUUGGUAAGAUUAGCUGCUAAUAAUGGUCCCACAACAUCACCAGCUGGCUGUGACGUCCAGAUGAGUAUCCUCCGAGAUAAACUUUCUGCUAUUGAGAAGAUUUUUCGGAGUCCAAUACUUUCACCUGAAAAGUACAACAAAGUAAAGAAAUUCUUUGACAGCAUAAGGCAAAAAGUGGAUAAAAUAAAGGUUCCAGAUUUGGGGAAAUUCCAUGAAAUUGCAAAAAUGAAGAAAACGAUUUCAGAUAUAGGAAAAGAGAUUGAUGAUUUAUUUAUUGAACUCAACAAUAUAAAGAAAAGGAAAGAGAAAGAAAACACAAUGAAAGCUAAACAAAACACAAUCAAAGCAAAAGAUGUUCAAGAGUCUUUGGAGAAGAUCAUCAAACACUACAAAACAUCUUCGUCUGCCGUAGAGAGAGCUCGUAAUGCUACUUCUGUUAUUAGGACUGCAACAAAAUCUAGGAAAAACAUUUUAAGUGCAUUGAACAAUCUAGACAUAAAAGACAAACAAAACUUUGACAAGCUAAACAAAAUGAAAACACUACAAAUAAGCACAUUGAAUGAAAUGGUUUGUGGAACAGUCUGGGACUUUCCAUGUGAUAUUGCGCCAUGUGGAGGAGCCUUAUGCCGAGACAAGUUUGGAAGAAGGAAAUGUGGUGGACCAGAUUGUAAUGGAGCUAUGCCACUGGCAAAAGAUGGCUUGAAGAAAGCAAAUGAAACAGAUACCAAGUUAAAGAGUGUUGCAAUUCAUCUACUUGAAGCUGAGAAACAGAUUGAGAACAUGAGACAAAUAGCAGAAGACACAAAGUUAAAAGCUGCUCGACUGAACAAAACACUAACCAAAGCAAUAAGUCGAAUUGAAGCCGACAAAAAUCGCUCUAAAGAACUCAUAAAGAAUGUCAGAGAUUUUCUGCUGGACAGCGUACCUGUCCACCAAUGCCGAAAAAAGAGUGGAGGCAAGACACCACAGGAAUUUGAUGCUACUGCAAACCCAGAAGAAAUAGAGAAAAUAGCCAAUGAAAUUCUUGCUAUUAAGCUGCCAGCUGCCCCAUAUGAUUUAAUUAACAUAUUAAACAAAAUUAAAAAGUUUUGCGAUGAUUACAAGGAAAACAAAAAAAACUUACAAAAACAACUGGAAGAAGUGAAGAAACUCACUGAGCGAGCAAAAGAUGCAAAAAAAGCAGUGGAAAAUCUUCCAAAUGGAGAUGAAAUUCGAAAUAACUUAAAACAGGCUGACAGUGCACAGAAGAAAACCAAUGCUUUACUAAAAAAUGUGAAUAAGAAUAUCCAAGAUAUUAGAAACAAACUUUCACAGGCUCAAGAAAAAGCAGAUAAAGUAGACAGCAAAUUAAAAGCUGUAAAAGAUUUGCACUCACAACUAGAAUCAAAAAUUGCAGAAUUGCAAGAAAAAAUGCUAAAAAACAGGAUUGCAGCUGAUAAAGCACAAAAAGGAGCAAACAAUGCGUUGAAAGAGGCAUCUGAAAGUGAAAAUGGUCUAAAUAAUCUAAAAGAAAAAUAUAAACUGCUAAAGGAACAGAUGAAGAAUCAGGAUAUCCCUCCAGAAAUUUCAGAGAGAUUGCAAAAGCUGAAGCAAAAUGCUGAAAAUCUAGUCAAUACUAUUAACGAAAAAUUUGAACGAAUAUCAGAUCUAGAAGAGAAGAUAGACGACCUGAACAAAGCAAAUGAAGAAAAAGUCAAUCAGCUACUAAAACUGGAGGAGCGCGCCAAAGAGCUUAAGGACUACAUAGUUACGGAAGAAAAUAAGCAAGCUAACUGCAGAGACUAAUUUCUUACUCGAUUGUUAAACAAUGUUUUCUAGUAAUGACCAAUAUUUCGAAAUAAAACG